GUGAUGCUUGGCGGCGCCUGGUUUACAUCCCACCUGGGUGACCCGGACACCAUUCCUCACAGCGAGUUGUUAAGCAGAGCUCAGGCGGCUGUGAAGAAGCACCUCGGCAUCUCCGCGGAGCCUCUUCGCUCCAUCGUUAAAGUCCAUAAGUCCUGCAUCCCUCAGUACUCGCUCGGCCACUGGAAACACAUGGAAAGUGCUACUUCCCAAUUGAAGCAACACAAUCUGCCCCUUAGCCUGGUGGGCGCUUCUUAUGCUGGGGUCUCCGUCAACGAUUGCAUCUUCAGCGCCCAGACAGCGGUGGCUCACCUCGCGGGCGGCAUCUCCUGAGCACGAGCCGAGUUCUGGAUUCCUGGGAUCCACCCUCUCUUGAGGACUUUUUGAGGAAAGAGUUGAAUAACAGAAUAAGAGAGCUGGAAGGGACCUUGGAGGCCUUCUAGUCCAACCCCCUGCUCAAGCAGGAAACC